CUUGCCGUGCAAGAUGGCUGCUGCCGUGCGGCCAGUCCCGGAGCCGUGGAACCGCGUGAGGAUUCCUAAAGCCGGGAGCCGCAGCACUGUGACAGUAAGGGACCCUGACGCUGCCCUGGGGAACUGGGGGCGACACCCAAGCACUUUGGACUUUAAUCACAAUCUUAUUUGGAGUGCUCUGUGAGCGAAAGUGCUUUACCAACCUAUGAUGAGUGCUGUUUUGAGCAGUGGGGCAUACAUAAUAGAACUUUGUAUUACAGCUGUAAUUAAAGAAUGCCAUCUCGUCACACAGACUCUGAGGAGCCAGACCUUAGAUGCAGAAACAGAUGUUUUAUGUUCAGUCCUUUACAGCAACCACAACAGAAUGGGCCAUCACAAACCCCAUUUGGCCCUCAAACAGGUUGAGCAAUGUUUAAAACGUUUGAAAAAGAUGAAUUUGGAGGGCUCGAUUGAAGACCUGCUUGAGUUGUUUUCUUCCAAUGAAAAUCAGAUUAUUACUACCAAAGUGUGUGUUAUCCCCAGCCAACCAGUGGUGGAGUUGGUGUUAAUGAAGGUUUUGGGAGCCUGCAAGUUGUUACUGCGCUUGUUAGAUUGCUGUUGCAAGGCAUUUCUUUUGACUGUGAAACACCUAGGAUUACAAGAGUUCAUUAUUUUAAACCUUGUCAUGGUUGGGCUGGUGAGCAGAUUAUGGGUUCUCUAUAAAGAUGUUUUAAGAAGGUUGAUUUCUUUAUAUGAGCCAUUAUUUGGAUUGCUUCAAGAGGUCUCUAGGAUUCAACCCAUGCCUUACUUCAAAGAUUAUACCUUUCCUUCUGAUAUUACCGAAUUUCUAGGACAGCCCUAUCUUGAAAUCUUUAAGAAAAAAAAGCCUACAGCUUUUGCAGCUAAAGGAGUAACUAAGUUGCUAAAUAAACUAUUUUUAAAAAAAGAACAAUCACCAGGAUCCAGUGAAGAUACUUUACUUCGAAUUUCCCAAAAGGCUAAACAAAUGAAGAUCAGUGUACAGAAUAACGUGGAUCUUGGACAGCCAGUAAAGAAUAAGAGAGUCCUCAAAGAAAAGUCAUCAGGACUUGAUGUGAGAGCUUUCUGUGAACAGCUGAAACACAAAGAUAUUCAGGAGACCAGCUUUGAAUCUAAAUGUUCUCAAUCCAAACUAAAGACAACCAAACACUCUUCUCAGAAAGUGAUAGGAACUCUCCAUGCCAAAAGUUUUGUGCAAAGAUUCCAACAGGCCAAGACUUUCAUACAACUUUCUGAAGAAAUCCAAAUGGCAAUUGUAUGGUGCAGGACCAAAAAACUCAAGGCUCAGGUCACCUUUCUGGGUAACAAACUUCUUAAAAGUAACCGUCUUAAACAUGUAGAAGCUCAAGGUUAUAGUUUGCCAAAGAAACUAGAAUGCAUAAAAACAUCUAUUUGCAACUGCCUUCUUCAUGGUUCAGGUAUCAAAACAUCAAAGCAUCAUCUGAGACGAAGAAGAUCACAAAAUAAAUUUUUACUAAGAAAAAGGAAACCACAGAGAAAGUUGCAGUCAACUCUUUUAAAGGAAAUUCAGCAGUUUCCUCAAGAACCUCUCAAGAGGGCUAUGGCUACCAGUACUAAGUGGAGACUCUCACACUGCACAGUUCAGAGAACCGAUCACUGCCCUAACAGUAAGCAGCUGUUGAGUAGCAGACUUAUAAAUCCUGCCACACAAGCUAAGGACAAUCAGAUUCAUGGAAAUCUUAUAGGAAGCAGUGAAAGUCAAACUGAUUCAUGGACAGAGAUGCAAAUACACAAACAAAAUACGCCAGGACCUGUUAAAGAGACAGAUGACAUUGAUGACAUUUUUGCUUUAAUGGGAGUGUAGAUGUUCAUUUACUUUUAAGCAGUUAACAAGCUGGUCCAUUGUUGUGCUGUUUUAAGUGGAGCUGCUGAGAUCUUGAAAUACUACUGCUUAGGCUCAGAGAGGAGCUGCUUCCAUGUAACAUCCCACAAGAGUUCAUUUCAGUUUAAUAAAGAUUUGAAGUUUU